AUGCAGAAGAAGUAUAAUGAACGUUCGAGACUACAUUAUCUAACGUCUACUGAUAUAGCACUACUUGAUGAUAAACCCUCAGCGACGUCUUCAGAUGAUCAUAUCUGCGAGACAUGUGACGAAGGACUGGUGUCGCCUAUGAAACUGCAUCAGCGCAAUUUGGAAGUGCAUAGCGACUUCGCAAGGAUGUCGGAAGAAGAUCAGGUAAAUGGACAAGAGGAAGCGAAGUUGCCAUGGCGUUCGACGAUGGAAAGGGACGCGAAGACAGUGCUGAUCAAAAGCGGGAUGCAAGCCUGGGAUACGAAACUUACUCAUACAUAUCUCUGCCAAUUUGACCAAACAGUAGCAACAAUCUCUCAGGAAGACAAGGAGAAUAAGAAAAUCAACUGCCCUGCCUUUAUCGAAAUCAUGGAACACGAGGAUGGUGUUCUGGACUGUGUAGCUUGUUUUGGACAUCUUGGACACGAAAUCGAGGGCUUACCUCCUGAGGAGGAUAGUGUGGUAUUAUGUUAUAAAUUCUGCAUUUGA